AUGCCACAGAUCCUGCGAUUCCGAUCGACGUGGGGCGUUGAGACCGGCGAUAACUAUGAGAAAUGGCAGAAGUGGUUCCCGACCUUGAAAGCCCAAGGCUACGUAGGAAUUGAAGUUGACAUAGCUCCUCUGCCCAGCAUAUCCCCCAUCCGUCGCAUUGCCGACGAAGCUGGCCUCGAAAUCAUUGUCAUGGUCCACUCCAAGUGGCCAUGCUAUGUAGGACCUAAACCGGUGGGCCUGACCCCAAAAGACCAUCUGGAGAGUUAUCGAACCCAGCUCAAGAUCGCCAAAUCUCUCCGGCCGUUCAAGAUCAAUGCACAUUCCGGCGAUGACGGGUGGACAGUCGAGCAAGCUGUCGAAUUCUUCGAGGGCACACUUGCCAUCGAUGCCGAACUAGGCCUUACAGGCCUCGUGAGCCACGAAACUCACAGAAACCGGGCAUUUUUUAACCCCUACAAUACUGCACAAGUCCUGAAAAGGAUCCCGACUCUGCAAGUCACAGCCGACUUUUCCCACUUCGUCGUCGUCUGUGAACGGCUUCUUGACCAGGGUGAGGAGGACAAGGAACUUCUGCGCACGAUCAUUCCCCGAGUAACCCACAUCCACGCAAGAAUCGGAACAACGCAAUCGUCACAAUGUCCGGACCCAACCCAUCCCAUGUUCACCGUGGAACGAAAAUUCUUCGAAGACUCCUGGAAACAGAUCAUCGGGUCCAUUGCCAGCAAGCGGUCGUCUCCGGUGACUUUUGUUCCAGAAUAUGGUCCGUUCCCGUAUCACCCUUUCGGCGCUGCGGCCAGUUUCUCGGACGUUGCGGAUAGUGAGGGCCAGCGCUUGCAGGUUUUGUUUGAGUCGUUUGCUAAGAGUACGGGCGCCUCUUUAUAA